CGAGCGCCUCUCCCUCGCCCGCCGGGGCCAGCGGCCGAGCAGCAGGUAGCCGACCUCCCCGCCGCCGCCGCCCCUCGCGCCUCGCGCCUUCCCCGCCCGCCCGCCCGGCAAAGGAGGAGCCGCCGCCGCCGCCGCCGAGGAGAGCCGCGGAAGAGCCGGGCAGGGCAGGGCGGCAGAAGCGGCGGCUCCGCGGGGACCAGCCCAGCCGCUGCCUCGCCAUGUCGGCGGCGCAGGUGUCCUCGUCGCGGCGGCAGUCGUGCUACCUGUGCGACCUGCCGCGCAUGCCGUGGGCCAUGAUCUGGGACUUCAGCGAGCCCGUCUGCCGCGGCUGCGUCAACUACGAGGGCGCCGACCGCAUCGAGUUCGUCAUCGAGACGGCCCGCCAGCUCAAGCGGGCGCACGGCUGCUUCCAGGACGGCCGCUCGCCAGGCCCGCCGCCGCCCGUGGGCGUCAAAGCCGUGGCGCUCUCGGCCAAGGAGGCGGCGGCGGCGGCGGCAGCGGCGCAGCAACAGCAGCAGCUCAACCAUGUGGACGCCGCCGCCGCCGCCGCCUCCAAAGCGCCCUCGGGCCUGGAGCGCUACGGGCUGAGCGAGCAGCGCGGCCGCUUCGAGUACCCGCCGCCGCCGGGCAGCCACGCCGGACGCCUGCCGAACGGCCUGGGCGGCCCCAACGGCUUCCCCAAGGCGCCCGACGACGGGCCGCCCGAGCUGAACCGUCAGAGCCCCAAUUCCUCCUCCUCCUCCUCCUCGUCGUCGUCAUCCCGCCGCGGGGCGCAUGGCGGCCUGGUGAGCGGCCUUCCCCCGGGCGGCGGUAGCCAGGGGCUCAACGUGCCGCCCAACUUGCUGCCGCAGACGCUGCUCAACGGGCCGGCCGGUGGGGGCGGCGGGGUGGCUCUGCCUCCCCCGCGGGGGCCGCCGGCCUCGUCGGCGUCGUCGUCCUCCUCAUCGUCCGCCUCGUCGACGGCAUCCUCCGGCGAGCCCUGCGGGAAGCGGCCCGGGUCGGUGUCGAGCAGCGGCGACCAGGAGCGGGAGCUGAAGGAGAAGCAGCGCAACGCCGAGGCGCUGGCCGAGCUGAGCGAGAGCCUGCGCAACCGGGCCGAGGAGUGGGCCAGCAAGCCCAAGCUGGUGCGCGACACGCUGCUGACGCUGGCCGGCUGCACGCCCUACGAGGUGCGCUUCAAGAAGGACCACGCGCUGCUGGGCCGCGUCUUCGCCUUCGACGCCGUCUCCAAGCCGGGCCUGGACUACGAGCUGAAACUCUUCAUCGAGUACCCCAGCGGCUCGGGCACCGUCUUCUCCAGCGCCUCGGGCGUGGCCAAGCAGAUGUACCAGGACUGCAUGAAGGACUUCGGCCGCGGCCUCUCCUCGGGCUUCAAGUACCUCGAGUACGAGAAGAAGCACGGCUCAGGCGACUGGCGCCUGCUGGGCGACCUGCUGCCGGAGUCGGUGCGCUUCUUCAAGGAGCUGGUGGGCGCCGACAUGCUGCCGCAGCCCUACCUCGACGCCUCCUGCCCCAUGCUGCCCACCGCCCUGGUGGGCCUGCCCCGCGCCGCCGUGGCCGCCGCCUCCUCUGCCGGCGGGGGUGCGGGCGGGCCGGCCUCCAGCCGAGGGCCCGGCGGCACGGGCACGGGUGGCGGCGGCGGCCUGAGGAAGAGGAAGGCCUCCCCGGAGCCGUCGGACUCUGCUUCGGAGGGCGGCCUCAAGCUGAGCGACGAGCAGCAGCGCCAGCAGUGGAUGGCCAGCCAGAGCGAGGCGCUCAAGCUCACCAUGGCGGCGGGCGGCUUCGCCGGGGUGCCCCCGCCGCCGCUCGGGCCGCACUCCAACCGGACCACCCCGCCGGAGUCGGCGCCGCAGAACGGCCAGUCGCCCAUGGCCGCCCUCAUGUCGGUGGCCGACACGCUGGGCAAUGCCCACUCGCCCAAGGACGGCAGCUCGGUCCACUCGACCACGUCGACGCGGAGGAACAGCAGCAGCCCCGUCUCGCCCGCCUCGGUGCCGGGCCAGCGCCGCCUGGCCUCCCGCAACGGGGACCUGAACCUGCAGGUGGCCCCUCCGCCCCCCAGCGCCCACCCCGGCAUGGACCAAGUGCACCCCCAGAACAUUCCAGACUCGCCCAUGGCCAACAGCGGACCCCUUUGCUGCACCAUUUGCCACGAACGCUUGGAGGACACCCACUUUGUGCAAUGCCCCUCGGUGCCCAGCCACAAGUUCUGCUUCCCUUGUUCCCGAGAGAGCAUCAAGGCCCAGGGGGCGACCGGCGAGGUCUAUUGCCCCAGCGGCGAGAAAUGCCCCUUAGUCGGUUCCAACGUGCCUUGGGCGUUUAUGCAGGGCGAGAUCGCGACCAUUUUAGCGGGGGAUGUGAAAGUGAAAAAGGAGAGAGACCCUUAAAAAUCAAAACACAACAACCCAACCACGCCCGGCAAACUUCAGCCUCCUGAAGAUGUAGAAUUGUGAAUACUGAAAACGAAAAAAAACACACACACAAGACAGUACUGCAAAAAGCUUAGUCUUAUGUAUAGACCUUAUUUUCGUCGUAUGUUUCUAUAUUUUGAAACAAAGGUAUGUACUCUUCUUCAUUUGAAGGAUAGAGCUCUUCUUCCCCCUCCCCUCCUUUUGGUUUUAUUAAAACAGAAUAUAAUAUUGUUUGGUUACUACAUAAUACCUGUUUCUCAUUUCUUUGGCAGUGUGUUGGCUAGGUACACAGUUAAAUAGCCCUUAGCGAUUCCCUGCUGCUGGUGUGUAUUUUUGUAAAUGUAUGCACUUCUCUAAAAGAAGAAAAAUGAAAAAAAAACCUUUUCUUUUUGCCAAGGCCAGUGUUGAUGCCUAAUUUUGCUACGAAAUGGUGACAGCUUCUGUUUUGCAAGCCCAGAGGUGUUGUUAGUCUUUCACCUUUUUUCUUUUGUUCCUCUCCUUUUCUUUUUUUAAUUUUCUUUUUUGCAAAAUGGUGGGGUGGUAUGGGGGUGAUUUUUGUUGCAACUUUGUAAAAAAUGUUUCAGUUUGUUUCUAUUGAUCUCUGAACUCUUUUUUUGCUUUGUUGAUGCACGGAAGCUUUUGAACACUAGAGCAAACUUGCUGUACAUGGAAAACAUGCUCUGUUUGUCCUUUAUACAUUUCUGUAGUUAACAGAACACUGUAAUGUGCCUUGGAGCUUAGUAAAUUGUAAUAAAUUCAAUUGAUAUUAAUA